GCGCGGAGCGGGCGCGGGUUCGCCGCCGCUGCGGGCAGGUGCGGGCGGCACCGGCGGCACCGGAGGGGGGGCCGCGCCUGCCGCCAGCCGCGAUUGGCCCGGCCCGGCCCGGCUCGGCUCGGCCCCCUCCGGGGGGGCCCGGCCCGCUGCCCCCCCCCCCCCCCUCCUCCUCCUCUACCUUCCGCGCCCCGCUUUUAAGCCCCCGGUGCCGGCGGGGUGCUCGGCUCCACCGGCGGCGAUGACCCCCUGCGCGCCGUGAGCACCGUCCCAGGUCAAGGAUGGUCCAUGUGAUGGGGGAUGCCGGCUGCUGGUUCCUGCUCGGGCUCUCCCUCCUCCCCAUCGCCGUCCUGGGCUCCCAGGACGAUGGGAAGGUGAUCCACAUCAACAGGGUGCAGCACCAGGCUGUGCGCGUGGGGCUGGGGGAGCCCGUGGCCCUGCCCUGCCUCUUCUUGCUCCAACCCUCCGCCUCGCUGGGGCCCAACGAGCCCCCCGACCCUCCCCGCGUCAAAUGGAGCAAGGUGCGCUCGGCCACCGGCCAGAGGGAGGACGUCCCCAUCCUGGUGGCCAAGGACAACGCGGUGAAGGUGGUGAAAACCUACGAGGGCCGAGCGUCCCUGCCCGGCUACCCCCGCGACCGCUACAACGCCACGCUGCUGCUGCGCGCCGCCCGUGCCAGCGACGCGGGGCUGUACCGCUGCGAGGUGGUGGCUGGCAUCGAUGAUGAGCAGGACCUGCUGCCCCUGGAGGUGACGGGCGUUGUCUUCCACUACCGCCCCGCGGGCGAGCGCUACGCCCUGACCUUCGCCGCUGCCCGCCGCGCCUGCCUGGACAACUCGGCCGUCAUCGCCUCGCCCCAGCACCUCCAAGCUGCUUUCGAGGAUGGCUACGACAACUGUGAUGCGGGCUGGCUGGCCGAUCAGACCGUGCGGUACCCCAUCACGCUCUCCCGGCCCGGCUGCUACGGAGACCGCAACAGCCUCCCCGGCGUCCGCAGCUACGGCCGGAGGGAGCCUGGCGAAGAAUACGACGUCUACUGCUACGCCCGGGAGCUGCGAGGGACGGUGUUUUAUGCCACGGUGCCGGGGCGGUUCACCUGGCAGGGGGCCCGGAGGCACUGCCGGAGCCGGGGGGCUUCGCUAGCCACCACGGGACAGCUCUACCUGGCGUGGCGUGAGGGCCUGGACCAGUGCGACCCAGGCUGGCUGGCCGACGGCAGCGUCCGCUACCCCAUCAGGCUCCCGCGCAGGAAAUGCGGCGGCGAGGCCUCGGGAGUCAGGACCCUCUACCAGUUCCCCAACCGCACCGGCUUCCCCCCCGCCGCCUCCAAAUUCGACACCUACUGUUAUAAAGCACGCGCGGCCGCGGGGCAGAGGAAACCAGAGGAGCCGGUGCCGCCUGCGCCCGACUCACUGGGCGACGACAACGUACUGGUGGAGCGCGGCGAGGACCUGGGCACGUCGGGGGACUCCCGGGACGUCCCGCGGGACCGCUAUGGCCUCCUGCCGCAGCCGGAGCCUGCGGGGCUGGGCGAGGACGAGCAGUUGCGGCUGGCGAGCGGCAGCCCGGCGGCACGGCGCGGUGACCUCCCCGGGGCUGCGCCGUCACGGGCACCGGCGGCUCGUGGUCCGGGGCUGGGCGAUGGUACGUCCUCGCCUCCCACCACGGCCUCCUCGCCGGCGUGGCCCCAUGAAGAUGAAGCUCUCAACGUGGUGGACCAGGCGCCGGUGAGCUCCCGGCAGGAUCCGGCCAGCACCAGCUCAGCACCGCCGGUGCAAGAAGACCCCGACCCUGAGGAGCCCCCGGCCGCCCUCCUGCCGCGGUCCCAAAGCCCAGCCCAGGAGCAAGUCACCGGUUCACCGCCAACGCCGCCUGGGCUGGGGACGGUCCCUGGCACGGCAGCAGAGACCCCCAGCACCCCACCGGCCAGCUCCCGCGCCCCGAGGCGGAGCAGCUAUGCCGGGCUGAAUGGGCGCUACUUCCAGCUGCAGCGGCAGAGCCGGGACCCCGCGGUGGCGGCUGGGGACCCCACGGUGGCUGGGGACCCCACGGUGGCUGGGGACCCGGUGGGGACGGUCACCCAGGCCCCUCUCCUGGCCCUGGAGGUGAAGGGGGCUGCAGCCAACGCGGUGGAGACGUGGAGCAUCCCCCGUGCCGGCACCGAGAGCCUCCGGCGGGAGGACACCUACUCAUCCUCCAACGCGGUGGAAGAGGAGAUUGGCCCCGAGCUGAUGGCACCGGCCACCGCCCUGGCGUCCCCCUCGCCGCAGGCGCCUGCCCGGAGGGAUUCACCACGGUGGAGCCCCCGCAUGGCUCCCCGCAAUCCUGGGGAGCCCACACGGACACCCCCUCCGCCGUCCCCAUCCCUGCCUGCCUCCGCGGUUCCCCACGACGCUCUCAGCCGCUGGGACAUCACUGCGGUCGGGGCUCAGCCCCACGUCCCCAGCGCCCGUGGGGACUCCCCCCGGCCCCCCGCAGAUGCCACCGAGGACUUCUCCGGGGACGCCCUCUCCCAGGAGGACGGCGGCUCCGUCCCACCACGGCCCCCGCUGCCGCCGGCCCCGCUGGUGGCCGAGGGCCCCGAGACGGCCCUGCAGCUCCGCGGUGACAGCAGCGGGGCUCCGGGCGAUGGCUCGCUGGAGAGGCAGAGGAAAGCGGUGACCUUCUUCCACCCAUCUGGCCCCUCCGUGGAGCACCCCACCGCCCCUGGCCCCACCGAGGCGGCUGCUCCAGGCCCCCACGGGGGGCUGAGCCCCGCAGCUCCCCAUGGUCCAGCCGAGCCACCAGCUGAGCCCAGCCGUGAGCAGCCGGCCGGGUCCGGGGAUGCCGGGAAGGGCUCAGCUGAGUCGAGCAGCGAAGCAGCCGCGUCCCCCCCAACGUGGGACGUCCCCUCGCCUUUGCCUCCCGCUGCGGCCGGCGAGGCGACCCCCGGGGCUGGCACCGAGCAGCCGGCGGAGGCGGAGGCGCCGGAGCUGGCGGCCGAAGAAGGGUCCGCAGGCUUCGCCCCACGGCCCACCAGCCACGCUGCACCGGAGCUGGGGGGAGCGGAGCAUCUCCUCCCGUCCCCCUCCACCCCUCGGCAGCCCCCCACCAGCCUCGGCCCCCCGGGUGGCCCCAGCCACGAGGAUGCACCAACAGCCCCCGGGGAGGAGGAUGCCUCCGGGGAGGCGAAGAGGGAAGAGCCCCCCGUACCCCCUGGCUCGGCCACCCACAACCCCUGGCCGUCACCCACUGCCCCCCACCCGUGGGUGCCGCAGGGGUCUGAGUCCCCGAGCACGGGGCCGCUCUUUGAGCCUUCCACGGCGGCGGCAGAGCUGGGGGGACCAGGGGGGUCCCCGCUGCUGGAUGCCGACAGCGGGAGCGGCGAAGAGCCGGGGCUGGAGGAACGGGAGCUGCUGGCCUGGGCAGGCGCCGGCAACGCCAGCCGGCACGCUCCGGCCGACCCCUGCCAGAACAACCCCUGCCUGCACGGCGGGACCUGCCGUGCCAACGGCACCGUCUGCGGCUGUAGCUGCGCCCCGGGCUUCACCGGGGAGAACUGUGAGAUCGACAUCGAUGACUGCCUGUCCAGCCCCUGCCAGAACGGUGGCACCUGCAUCGACGAAGUCAACUCCUUCGUCUGCCUCUGCCUGCCCAGCUACGGCGGCAGCCGCUGCGAGAAAGACACGGAGGGCUGCGACCACAACUGGCACAAGUUCCAGGGUCACUGCUACCGGUACUUUGCCCGCCGGCGCUCCUGGGAGGACGCGGAGCGGGACUGCCGUCGCCGUGCCGGCCACCUCACCAGCAUCCACUCGCAGGAGGAGCACGGCUUCAUCAACGGCUUCGGGCACGAGAACACCUGGAUCGGGCUCAAUGACAGGAUCGUGGAGCAGGAUUUCCAGUGGACCGACAACACCGGCUUGCAAUACGAGAACUGGCGGGAGAACCAACCCGACAACUUCUUUGCGGGUGGCGAGGACUGCGUGGUGCUGGUGUCCCACGAGAUCGGCAAGUGGAACGACGUGCCCUGCAACUACAACCUGCCCUACAUCUGCAAGAAAGGCACAGUGCUGUGCGGGCCCCCGCCGGAGGUGGCGAAUGCCUUCACCGUGGGGAAGAAGAAGGAGAAGUACAGCAUCCACUCCAGCGUGCGCUACCAGUGCGAGGAGGGCUUCACCCAGCGCCACGUGCCCACCAUCAAGUGCCACAGCACCGGCAAGUGGGACCGGCCCAAAAUCCUCUGCACAAAACCCAGGCGGUCGCACCGAGCGCGGCGUCACCACCACCACCGGCACAGCCACCCCCACCACCAGCACCACCACCACAAACCCCGCAAGGAGCGGCGAAAACACCGCAAGCACCUCCGGCUGGACUGGAUGGAGGAGGGCCACUACUUCUAGAGCCGGGGGACGAGGAAGCACAAGGGUCCCCGACGGGAUGUGGUGACGUUUCCCGCCCCCCUCCCACCCCCCCCCUCUUUUAUAACCCCCCUUGGCUUUAGCUCCUAGGAUGCCCGGCCCCGUAGGGAAUAGGAUCCGGAGGGGGCGGCUGCGUGUGCGUCCCCAGCCCUCCUUGCAUGCCCCACGCUCAGCCCCCCCAACCCGGGGUCGAGCCCCCAGCCCCACACAGGGGACCCCCCCCCCCCCCAUCCCUGCGCAGGGGGCUGUUUCCCGGCUGGGCUCUGGCCCCCUCCCCAAAGAGGGGGGUUAAUCUGCCAGCCCCCCCCCAUCUCCCACCUUGGCCAUCGUGUCUCGCUGGCCCAGGGUGGCUCUGGUUUUUUAGCAGCCCCCCCACACCUCCAUCUUCCCACCCUGGUGCCCCGGUCUUGCCCGUGGGGCAUCCCUACGGCCGGCACGGGGACCCUGCCCGACGCGGGGAGGGGGAUGAUGCUACCGGGGCCGGUGUCCUGCUCUGCCACCUGGUUUGGGGUUGGUUUAUUUUUUUCCCCUUUCCGUUCGUCGUCGGGUCCCCGUUGGAGUUGGCGUGUGUGUGUGUGUGUGUACGGCGCUUUCCGAUCUCUGCUGUUUGCGACGUGACUGCCGUGUCCCGAGCCCCCCUCCCUGUCCCCUCCCUGUGCCAUUUCUGACUCUGCCUUUCUGUACUGCUGGACAUUUUAAUAAAUUUUUUUAACAGUU